AUGACAUUGUCACACGUGUCUAUCCGUACAUCCGGAUCAGCAAAUUUGGGACGCAUGCAAUGCGUAUGCACAAUUCAAGUCGACACAUGUGGACCUGAUCACCUGCGCGUGGACAAGGACUGUCUAAUUUUUGUUUCUGGCCACAAAGACGGGAGGGAAAGCUUAAAACAUAGUACGAAAUAUAAGUUCAAAUACGAAGAUCAACAGACUAACCGUCAUCUACUGGAAUGGCCUGCUUGUAUCAUUCACGGACAACCGAUUUUCGAUUCCAACUUCGCUCCGCAAAUUACCGGCUACCGACGCGUGUACGUUACUGAAUUAACCCAGAUAGAUGCCGAUCAAGAUUCCACUUCCGGCAAUACGACGCUCCACACGUAUCGCAUUGCCGACGCGUUCUCUCACUGUGUACUGAUCGCCGGAGUAAAAGGAGAUUCGACCAAAUUGAUAAGUACUUUCCGCAUUCAGGACAUUGGAUGUCCUCUUGCCUCGGAUUCUCGCACUGGAUGUUUUGAUGUUCUGAGUGACAUAUUAACUCCACCGAAUUGA